AGGGAGGCAGAGGCGUGAGGGAGGAGGGGGGUGAGCACGCAAAGCUGUUAAACACAACUCCACACACCAGAGAACUGUUGGGACAGAAGGAUGGAGCUGCUCACUUACUAACGCUACAUUUUAUUUUAUUUUUUAUUUUUUUUAAAGAAGUAUACCUACUUGUUACAGUUUUGGCAUCCGGCUCUUAGAUAACACGCACACGUCGGAUUCCUUUAGUCAGACGUGUGCGCGCUCGGCCUUGGAGGUGCCAGGCUGGAGGACAUGGACCCGCCGCUGCACGCAGCCGAGACGGACGCGAUGGAGCGAGAGGAGGCGGAAAAGGAUGCGAAGAGAAAGAUUCAGUUCUCCGUGCCUUCCUCCGUGCCCACCCAGCUGGACCCGCGACAGGUGGAGAUGAUUCGACGUCGGAGGCCGACGCCUGCCACGCUCUUCAGACUGACAGACCCACCGUCACCAGAGGAAGACAGCGGCACACAUCAGUGGGUUCUGGGAGAAAAUGGAGCCCUGAAAGCCAAACUGGUUCACAUGUCAACCUACCAGCCGCCCUCGCUUAAAGCUGUCCAGAGGAUGGCCCAAGCCCACUUCUCCUCCCUCGACAUGAAGUCUGUGGACAAAGAGGACACCUCCUCCUCUGAUGAUGAAGAAGAGGAGAACCAGGAUGAGCAGAGGCAGCGGACACCCUCUCUCACAGAUUCAAGAGAAGAAAGCACGUCGCUGAGAGAUCGGCGUGGCCUGAUGGACGGUUCGACAGAAAGCGGCGAUCUCAACCAACGCUGUGAAGAUAAGGAGGAGGCCAAGGGGAGAGGGGAAUGAAAGAGAGGACGAGAAGACGAGGAUCGGAACGUGCGGCACACGUUUGCAUUGUGUGUAUGUAUGCGAGUAUGUAUGCGUGUGGUUUUGGGUCACUGUGUGUGCCUGCAGGGAACAAGCGAGCUGAAUGUGGAAACUCAAACGGCCAUCGAGGAGGGUCAUAAGAAUAUCAAUGAGGGGAAGUUUUAACCUGAGACUCGGGAAGGAAAUCACGUCUCGGUUCAGCCAAAGAAGCCGCGGCCAAAUCCCAAUCAGCACAGGACACAGCACGGGAAGUGAAAUGUGGGAACUGCUAAAAACUGGGGUGUUUUCAUAAAUAAAUAAAUGUUUCUUUUGGUUAGUCUCAAAUGAUAUCCAACAAUGUAUGAACGUGUUUGUAACUUUAGAGCUGGGGUGCCACUUAGGGUUAGUCUCCUCCGCCUUUUAGGUCAACGAAAUCAAAGAGGAAGAUGGAUUUCGGACAAUGUGAGCAGUCCCCAGCACAGUUAGACCUGAUUACAUCACAUCAGACUAAUCCAACUAAUCACGAUCACACAGCACAAUUUUUUUUUUCUGGUUCGAUAUUAUAAACAGGCUUUUUGUAACACGGGGGAUUAGGAAACAUGAUCUGAUUUUUGUUUUUUUUUGGUUGGCACGGUGCACGUAGGGCUGGGACGGAAAAAAGAACCGACUUUCAUUUUUUUAUUUUUCAAAAGCAUAAAUGUACACGAUUAGAGCGAAAGUUCAUUCAUGACCCUGUGUAUAAAUGAUGUUUCGUGCUGGUUGCUAAUAAAAAAUUGAUGAUA